AUGGCCUACUACCCCCGUCCCAACAAAGGUAAAUGGGCUGAAGUAGGUAACUACGACUGGGCAGCGGACAAGCAUAAGGAUGUGUGGAAGCCACAUCUUGAAAUUCUAAAGGAUUUGGGUGUAAAUACCAUCCGUCUGCAUUUACGUCUUAGUCGGCAUCACUGCUCCAUGCAAAGACUGCUCGGUACUCGACUACUUGCCAAACCCAAGUGCUACCCCGACGAACUCCUCACCCGUGCACAAAUGGUGUACAACGCGUUUGCCGUGUACGAUAAUACGUUGGGCUUCAGCGUGGGUAACGAAAACAAUCUACAGGUGGAGAACGGAGCCGAUGGCACUGCGACAGCUCCUUGUGUCAAGGCUUUCCUGCGUGACACUCGAAGUUAUGCUGCGAGUUGUUCCGGGUCUGUACGUCAGGUGCCAAUUGGUCUCGACAUUGCCGACAUUCCUCCUCGCGAGAAAUGGAUCGGGUACUAUGAUUGCGCUGUGGAUGAUGACGAGUACACGCGUGCUGAAUGGAUGGGCUUCAACCCGUACGUCGAGUGCGAUCCUAAGAACGCGGAGUACUCGCAAUCAGCUGGUCUGAAGAAACUGAUGAAGGAAUACGCUCAGGUUGGCUAUUCCCGUCCGCUAAUGUUCGGCGAGUUUGGUUGCAACAAAGGUGUGAACACUAUCGAUGGCUACGAGAGUCAGCGAACGUUCAAAGAUGCGAAAUGGAUGAAUGAAGAAAAGGAGAUGACGGAAGAGAUUGUGGGUGGGAAUGUGUUCGAGUUCACCACGGAAGUCGCCAAUCUGGUGGACAGCGCAGCUUUGACCAAAACAGCAGAUGAAGGAAAAUACGGCGUCGGAUACUUUCAACCGAAUGACUGCGACAACAACAAAGUCGAGUGCGUUUUCACCCCGUACCCAGAGUACGAAAAUCUCAAGAAAGCGUACACAACCACGGCUGCAUCGACGGUGGAGUACGAAAGCUACACUCCUAAACGCGAUGGGAUUCAAAGUUGCCCAAAGAAUGUGUCGAUUAAAUUGCCGACGACGCCCGAAGUGCCUCUGUUGGAGUGCGCCGUUACGCAGCCCGUGUGCAAGGGCAAAAAAAGCCAACUCGUACGUGCACUUUUCAUCGAAAACGAAAUUUGGCGACAAGGUGCCACCGACAAAUGA